AUGCACAAGCUUCUUGCAUCCGGGACCGAGGUCAUUGUGGCCUCGUCAGGCACGCUUGCAGGCGAGGCGCUGCUGCGGCUGGUGGUGGGCGGGGGUGCUGGGGCCGAGCCGCCCGAGGUACCCUUUCUCUCGGCCCUCGUCCCACAUCUGCUGGUCCAGGCAUCGACACUAUACGGACCGGGCGAUGUGGACUCGCUGAUGGCGGCCUGGUCAACUUCACUCAAUGUCGGCGCUCUCGCCUAUGCCACCGUUCAUCUCGACGUAAUUGUCCCCUUUGCCGCCGUCGACAAGGCCAUUGCCCUCCUCGCCAACCUUGUCCGCCACCCCGCGUACACCGUCGACCAUCUCCACGAUGCGUACUACACACUCGCCAAUGGAUCGUCGGCUGAGGGCAGGCACGAGCUCACCGCUGUUGGCCUCCGCGACUCGGGAAGCGAGUCGCUAGGGGAGACCCGGCUGGCCGAACUUGGCGACGCCAUCAGUGCCAACCCCGACGAGGUCAUCGCAGCUGCCGACGCCUUCUACGCCAAGUGGUACACGCCAAGCAACAUGGCACUCGUCGUCGUCGGUGAUGUCGAGCCCGAGCGGGUCAUCUCGCUGGCCUCGGCUUGGUUUGGCCCCUCCGAUGACCGCGCCUGUGUGCUCUGCGGCAAGCACGGCCGCAGGUGCUCGUCAUGCCGCGGGCCGACGUACUGCUCGUCGGCAUGCCAGAAUCGUCACUGGGCCAAGCACAAGGCUCGUUGUACAACCUCGAUUGCGCCCGCAGUCGAGCGCAUUGACGCCGCCCGUGCCGCCGUCGCUUCCAACAGCAUUGCCCCCGCCGCCCGUCACCAGGCCUCGUGGCACAGCCUUGAAGACCACAUCGCGCAGCUCGGCGACCGCCCGCGUGUCAUUGUCAUGUCUGGUCCCAACGACUCGGUCGAGCUCAUUGUUCGUCUCACGUCGCUGCCACGCAUGUCUGCCCCGCGCCGCGCCGCACUGCGGAGCUGUCUCGAGCAGGCCGUCGGUCUGCGCCUGGCCAUGGCCCAUGGCGCCGCUCUGCUCUCCACCGGCGUCGAGCUCCGGUGCGCACCGGGCCUUGAUUUGGCCAUCAUUACGGUCACUGUUGCAGACGGCAGCAUUCCACCUGUUCUCCACUCGCUCAUCGGUGUGGUGAGCGUCCUUGCCCGCGACGGUAUGCUCGAUCUUGAGCGGAGCAUGGCUGUCUCGGUCAUUUCGUACCACGACAUGACCAUGACUGGUCUCCAGCAUGCUGUCGCCGAUCUCACCCAGGACUGGGUCAUCGGCCUCACUGCUGAGCAAGACUACACACCCGCGGUUGGCCUCGACGCCACCGCGGCCGACUGUCCAGACCUGGAGAGUCUCAACAGCAUUGUCAAGGCCGCGCUGAGCGUGGCGCCGUCGCAGAUAUCGCUCCACAUCGCUUUCUCGUCGUCGCGUGACGAGGCAACCACUCUGUUCCGAGUCGCCGACAACCUAGGUGUCCUUCAGGCUGCACUCGCGGCCUCGAUGGCCAAGUACUCGAAAAUCGUGGACGACGCGCUUGAGGCCAAUCACACUGCACCAGCCUGGAUCUCCGAAGCCGCUCGGUCCAGCGGCGAGGAUACCUUUGCCGACGCAGCUGGCCAGCUGGCUCCGCCGUCGGCAGUGGUGGCGACCUCGUCGCCGGCGUCUCAGCUCAUGGGCUACGCUGCCAACUCACGGACGUACGCCAACGGCAUGACUGUGGUGUGCAUGGCGCUGCCGUCGAUGAGCCACGAGGUUGCGCUUAUGAUCCGCGGAAGCCUUGUCGCGCACGACACAGGCUCGGCGCCCAACGUGCAGGCGUGCAAGGAUGCGUGUCGGGGGCUGGAGCUGCUCCUCACCGAGCGCUGGCCUGGCCUCUCGCAGCUCCACACCAAGCGGUCGAUGCUUGGUGUGUCGGAGAUUUCGGUCGAGCUGAGCAAUACAGACGUGCUUAUCGGCAUCUCUAUCCCGCAUGCGCUCCUGCAGCGGUUUGUUGUCAUGCUCCGGUUGCUGAUGACCGAAACGGUGCCACCCGAGACGCCGGACGAGCUCGACGGCUCAUGGCUCAAGCGACAGGGAAAAGACCUGACAGGACGGAUCCACGACAAGGCUGUCAAGCGGCAGGUGACCAAGGCGCGAAACGCGCUCUCGCACGGCCGUACCACAUCGCUCCCCAAGCGCGGCCUGCUCGGAACGGCCGUAGCUCAUCUCUUUGGUCUGAUCCCCUUUGACGAGACGUCGACGGUCUCGGCCGCUGACGUGGCGGCUGGUGAGGCCCUGCGGCGGCUGGCGUUUGGUACACCUUCGAGCGUGACUGUCUCAGCGGUGGGAGCUAUUGACGACGAUGCAUUCCAUGCCAUCGGAGCUCAGUAUCUGGCCUCGAUCGAGAACAGGUGUGCGUCGCUUGACGCGGCAGUGGCCGACGCCGAGGCCCUUGGCCUCCUGGUCCAAGACGGGAGCAACUCGCUCAGACUUACACCGGACCUUCCGCCGGGUGAGGAAGUAGUGGUCGAGUUUGGCGGAGACUCGCCACGGGCAGCGAUGUCGCUCCUGAUGCCUGUCCAGCUGUUUGACGCACGCGACAUGGUGCUUCUCACGGUGUGGACACACCUGGUGUGCGCUCAGUUUGAGUCGGACCUCCGCGGGUACGGCCUCGUCGGCGCACAGUGGGAGCUAGAGAGUCUGGACAACGCCACGAUCAUUGAGUACCCAUCGUUGGCGUACGGCGUCAUUCGCAUGGAGGCGUACACCGCAGCGCUGGAGAUGCUGAGCGACCAGUGCCGCGGGCUCAUUGACCGAUAUCGGCUCGGGUACAUCAUGGGCGCCGAUGACGAGAAGGGCCUGUUUACGUUUUCCGAGACGGCGGUGAGCUCCUCGAUUGCGCACCUUUCAGUCAUCGUCGGGCUCACGCUGCAGCAACCGCGGCUGUGGGUCGAGGCCAUUUCGGCCAAGAACGACAUGCUCGGCCAGAUCGAUAGCGUUUACUCGUCUUGGAAGCAUGCCGAGUCCGAGGGGGUGGCGAACGACGAACUUGCCGCCUUUGCGGCGCGGCUUCUGACCUCGCGGAUCCAGAUCGUGGCCACCAUGCCGACCAACACAGCGUCGCCAGUCGCACGGGCGGCCCGCUGGUUCGGGCGCGUCACCGCCAGUGUACUCGGGUGCUCGUCGACGGCGGCGGCAGCGGUCGCCAUGGGAGCAGCCGCCGCUGCGGCGGUGGCUGCCGCGGUACUUGUCGUUCGGCCACGCGUCUUCACCAGCCUGGUAUGA